UUUUUUCUCCUACGUCAGUAGUCAACCAUCGUCUUCGUGCAAGCAAAUGGCAUACAAAGAAGGCCAUAUUCGCGCAGCAAGUUUCGUAGUGGACUAGAGCAAAAUUAGGUUUGUCGAAACGAACGCGUACGCGUACACAUCCUCGCCUCGGUCGUGUCAAAAGGCGAGCUUUUUCCCGUAUUUUUUUUUUGCUUCGGUCUCGUCGCAAUCGUCAUCGUUUUCAUCGGUGUAGUGAAAUUUACGGAGAUAUUUCAUCCGCGCGCUCCGCGAUCGGGAGGCAAUUCAAUUAUCGCCAGCGACAUCAACAAAACUCCACUCGCGUUCCCGAAACCCGAAAAAGAUGGAUUCGGAAAUUCCGGAACUUUCCGACGAAGCCGAAGAACAUGUCAAACUCGAAAAUGGCGAUGAGGUUGCCUUACCUCCUCGGACUCGUCUCGUUACCACAGCUGAUGUACAGUCAGGCAAUACGGUUGUCCAGGUGCCCGUUUCGCUGCCAGUCGGAACGCUCAUCGGCGGUACCACGUUCAAUGUGCUUACCCAUGACCAAAUCCAGCACUUCAAACCUAUGAUUUGCGUGGAUAACAAUGGUUUUGUGUCAGGAAGCACUGUCGUGGGAGAUCUGACCGGUGACCUCAAACCAACGCAUAUCGUGAUUCAACAGCAAGGAUCGGAUCAGCAACAGCAAGAUGAGCCGGAUCUCGUUGACCAGCAGCAAAUUCAAGCUCAAUCCCAGCAAGAAUAUCGCAUAGAAACCAAUAACCUAAUUGACCGACUGAGUAACCUUGAAGUACUUCCGGUACGAUGUAAGACAACGACUGGUGAGCUGUACAAAGAUCGACUGGGUUCUGGAGGACGCGGAAAGUGCAUCAAGCACAAAGAUGGUUGGUACACUCCUAGUGAAUUUGAAAAUAUCUGUGGCCGAGGGUCAAGUAAAGACUGGAAGCGUUCGAUACGCUACGGUGGCCGUAGUCUACAGGCGUUGAUCGACGAAGGAAUCCUGACCCCACAUGCAACCAGCUGUACAUGUUCAGCGUGCUGUGAUGAUGAAUCUGCUGCUUCUGGCCCUGUUCGACUGUUCACACCCUACAAGAGGCGGCGACGCAAUCAAAUUGAGCCAGAUCAAGCCGAGAAAAAGAAACGAAUAAUAGUAAAUAACAAUACUAAUACUAGUAAUAAUAACAUCCACAUCAACAACAUUAGCAACAGUACGCUCAGCAACACUAGUACCACGACGGCGACCGUCAAUCAGCAAAACACCACCGUUAGUCAUCAGCAUGUCGUUCAGCAGCAGCAGCAGCAACAACAACAACAUCAACAGCAACAACAACAAGUCCAACAUCAACAAAUCCAACAACAGCACCAACAACAUCAGCAGCAACAACAUCAAGUUCAACAACAAAUCCACCAGGCCACAGCAACUAUCAAUGCAACGCCAAUAAUCACCAACAACACAAGUACCACUACAACCACGACCACCGUUAAAGUGGUUCAGCAGGAGCAGCAAGAGAUUGAAAAUGAGCUGGCCAUAGCUACCAAAGAGGAACCAUGGCAGACAUUAACCGAGGGAAUCGAAAGUGCCACAGAGUACGUCGACCAGACGACACAGUUGGUUGCGGAAGCCAAUUUACCGUUUGAAAACCUGAAAUCACUCUGCUCUCAGGUUGCCAAAGCGAUGCAGGAAAUGAAAAAAUAUAUCGGAGAAGCACGCGAGAUCCACACUCGACAGCUGGAACGAUUGCAACGCGAACGGGACGCGGCCAUUCUGACUGUUACGCAACUAGAAGAGCAAAACAAUAUCAGUAGUCAAUUACCUCCCGGAUCGGUUCAUGCCAAUAAAAAGUGCGCCAACUGCAACCGUGAAGCGCUGGCUGAAUGUUCGCUGUGCCGGCGGACACCGUACUGUUCGACCUUCUGUCAACGAAAAGACUGGAUCACACAUCAGAACGAGUGUGUGCGGAGUACGCAGGAAGCUACCCAUCAGAUCAUGCUAAUAGUGGACGAAACUCAAUAACCUUUAAUUUUCUAAUUGCGACCGGAUCGAGGUGGGAAACGACCAAUCGCUUAGAUGCUGCUGGUAGACGGUUCUCUGGCGGCUCACUAGUAAACGAUGCUAGGGUGUAAAUGAAGGGGAUCAAAUGCUCCGCCGACCAAGCUAGGAAAAAGCGCUGCCUUUUACGGUCGCAAUAUAGUGAGAUGAUCAAUGGACGCGUUGCGUUGCUGGUCGGAGUAAUGGUAAUCCUGAAAACUAUUUUUAUAUUUAAAUAGUAGAAUUCUAAAGUUCUUUUUUGUAAAUGUGGAAGUCGGAUCGAACUGGAUUCACGUAUGAGGGAAUAACUGGUGGAUGCCAAAAAGCAUCUUCCCCUGUUCGUAGUAGAACUUUUUUGUUUUUAUUUUACUAGGCAAAUGCGGAAGUACAUAUAUUUAAAGAGUAAAGUGUGUAUUUAAGAACCGAGAAAAGUUUAGAAGAAACUUUAUUUAAAAGAUAUCGGACAUGAAGAAUAAUAAGAGAUAACAACUCUUAACUGUUUUUCUUCUGUUUAUUGUUUCAUUUUUGUUAUAUCACAUCAUUGUUUUUAGCUUAUGCUAAAUUGUUAUUGUUAUUUUUUUAUCGUUUAUUUAUUUUUCGAUUUAUUCGAGAUAUACCAAUCUCCGGUUAGAAACAUCUAAAAAUUGAAAAAAAGAAUUCAUUGACGCAUACAUGAGAUUGGAUACUUGAACUACUCGGUGUAUAGUAAUAAGGUCCAUAAUUGAAAAUACUCAACAUUAGUUUCUAGACCGGAUAUAGUUUGAAGUUAACAUUCAAUAGUAGUAUCGUGAAGUCACCGAUCAUUACAAUAAGAUUAUUCACGAUAAAUUAUUAUGUUGUGAGCUUCAAAAUUGUUCGCGUUCUACUGAACAUACAUAUUCGCGAAUCUUCAUAAAAUCAAAAGCACCGUUUAUCGUUUUGUUUUAACGAUUUAUAUAGUUUUUAAAUAUGGUAAAGCUGUUAAUGGUGCUAAAAUGCACAAAUCUAUCAUUAAAUACCUAUUGCAUAAAUUUCAAUUGACUGUCAGUCUCAGUCUACGUUACGACCGACUUAGUUUUCGAACGAAUGAGGUUCGAUCUAAUUUGACUCCCGUUUGAUUUUUUUUAUUGAGAAUGCAAAUCACAUUUGUUCGAAAAAGCGAUCCGUCGUAGCGCAGAAUAAGACUGUAUGUACUGCAAGCAAAUUUGGGUGCUCGUUUUGUGUGCGACAAAGUGCCCCGGCACUUUUCAAAUUUCAGUCCAUGAAAUGCCAGUGUUCCGUUGCAGGCUAGAAAUUGAUCUAUGCUAUAUUUCACCCUAAGGAGGAAAAUUUGGUAAAAACCAAAAUUUCUCACUAGGGUGAAAAUUUGUUGGUAAAACCAGUCUUUGUACUUGAGGGCACAAAUCCUUAUUUCAUACUCAGUUGCGUUUCGGCUUCGCCUCAUCAGAAACCGACACUAACUUAUUGUCGGAAUAGAUUAGCGCCGGCUUGACGCAAAUCCCUUAAAACUAAAACACAUUUUGUGUUUCAAACAAACGACUGAUCAAACGUGAUGUCCCGUUCGAGCAGAAGUUCUGUUUAUGCCGAUGAGACACAAUGAAGCCGAAACAUGUCUUGGCUUAGCAGGCCUAUACGAAAGCACUAUGCUAUAUUUCACCCCAAGGAAGAAAAUUUGGUAAAAACCAAAAUUUCUCACUUCAUAAUAAUCUAGGCACAAGUGGUUUUGGGAAGAGGGUAAAUCGACAUGCUGUAUCCUUAUAAGCUAUUGAUGAUUACGAAUGACCAUGAUAACAAGAGCUAAAAAUAACGGACCAUAUCGUCGCAUAUGGUUGGAACAUUAUUCAGAUUUUUUCUUAAUCUUUCUUUACUUAGUUUAAGAGAAGGCUUGGGAGUCUUUCGGUGAUGUUGAGCCGGGGUAUUUGUUUAUAUAAUUUAUAAACGGUUGAAUCUGGAUGGUUAGGCAAAUCGAGAAUCUAAAUGAUACAUGCGAUAUUCGAAUUGACCGCGUCUCUGCUAGUCUUGAUAGGUGUCGAAGCUUCAAGUAGCUUUUUACUUACGAUGCUGAAAACACUACGAAAAAGGUAAUAAAACCACAUUGAUCGACUCGAGGAAAAGGUAUAAGCUCGGUAUUAGGGAAAAGGAUUUCUAAAAUUAGCCAUUCUAUAUAAAUCAAUCCUAAAUUUGUGAGGCUAUUUCCUAUUAACAGAACUUCUAAAAACCCAGUGUUACGAUGUCAUAUAUUCUGUCUUUUACGAGAUAUGACAAUUGCCAUUUUGCUGAAUGCUCUUUUAAACAAUAUCUUUGCUAUCUUUCAGUUGGAUUUAUAGAAUUGUUGCUCUAGAUGAAAUGUGAAUUGAUCUAAUCGACCUUUGCUGAGUAAAACAUUAUUAACAGCCUUGUGGAUUUAAUUCACCUUUUACAGAAAGGUAUGAAGCUUGAGCUUUGGUCCAAGAACGAAACCAGUAUGCCAAAAAUCAAAUUUUGACUAAUCUUGUUUCUCGAUUUUUUUUUUAUCCAGCCUAAACAAUCUGAUUUCUACUUGGUAAGAAAUAAUAAUAAAAAAGUAAAGCACUAUAGUCGUGGAUAAAUUAUUGAAUUUAUUUCCCAAUAAAUAUGUGCGAUAAACAAAGAUUCGUUAUUUCAUGUUAACAACACAUUCAAUUCAACAUGAAGGAUUACUGAAAACUGUAACCAAACGAUUUUACUUGAGGUAACCAUUAUGGUAAUCUUGUAUGGAGAUUUUAACUAUACACGUUUUUCUUUAAAGGAAACCUUACAGAACCAUAUGACAACGACUACUAUCAUUGUGACUUCAAUCCAAAUCGUUUCGACAUAUUUUUUUUAUAAUCCAGCCGAAGCGCUUCAAUUCUUUUUUAACAUAUAAUAUUAUAUUAUAACCAUUCCCUAAAUUGUAGCAAUAACUCGUAUCUUCAUUCUAUAAUUUCAUAUAAUUUUACAGAAAGAAGCAUUUAUGGUAAUAUCAUAAAUAGACCUUAACGUAUAUGGUUACCAUAGCACUUAUGAUUUUUGUAUAAUAUGGAGGAUUCCAGAUAAAGUUUUUAUUUAUGCGGGAUAUCUAUUACCACAGAGAACAGACAUAUAAGCUGGAACAAACUUUUCCGAAAAACCUAUGUAAAAAUUUAAAUGAAAAUCACCAUCGCAUACAGGUUCGCAUGCGUGAGUCACCAUUGUAUCCAAGUUUGCAUACAAGUCCCGUAUAGCGAUUGCUGGCCGAUCGAAGCGCCGGCCAGUGGCAAGUUGUUACUUGCUGUUGUCAGCGACAGUUUUAUUUCUUACACAAGUUGAAAACUUUACUUGUAUGUCAGUUCUCAGUGCUAUUACAUAUAACCGAGUAGUCAAUGUAUCCAAAAUAUGCAGAAAGAAGUAAAUGUAAAAUUGAAAUCGUUCAACUAGACCGCAGGACUUCCAAAAAUAUAAACGGCAAUCGGUAACAAUUCUACAUAUGACGCCAUCGAUGCUUAUUUAAAAAAGUUUAAGUCUUGAAACAGGGUUUAGAGACGAAAAUCGCGCUAUCUAUGAAAAAACAACAAUCUCAAAUCCAUUAAAAAUAUCCUGUCACGUCACAUCCAAAAAGCUUGUCCUGAUUAUUAAAAUUCCAACAAAAAAAAUCAACAAUGCAAUAUGAACAUCUGUGUUAUCUAACUCUACACCUAGUUUGUUUGUUCUUAUAAAUUUACACAGAUUUUAGGUAAUUUAUGUUUAAACACUUACUGGUUAACAGAUACCAAACCCGGAAUCAGCAUAUCUCGUAUUUGCUUAUUUAGUAGGGGAACGGUGGCUAAGACGGACACCUUACGGUUAAACAGCAAAUUCGACUCAUCCAUGGAUGCAUUGCUCACAAAUUCCACGUAAACCGUGAUUUGAGAUCAUGGUGCAUCAAUAUAAGAAUUUAUACUAAUAAAAUUUCAAGCAGAAAUUUGUUUAAAAUGACUAUGAAAAAAGGCCCAAAAUCAUUUGCGUCAUUGCAAAAGUGGUAUGGGAAAGAUGGACACCUGAGGUGGGUAAGAUGAAUAUGCAGCAUUGGUAAAGAUGGACAUAGGAUAAGGGUAGAGUGAGACGCUUCUCGACCAAUAAAUUUUGUUUUCUGUCAGUACAUCACAAUGCCCAAAGGUAUGCAAUUUGACGGCAUUCUACUUUGUAUUGGCGUAAAAAAUAUGUCCAUCUUUCCCUACCCUACUGUGUCCGUCGUACCCAAAAUGAUACAGCGCAAAUUCGUUAGUUGGGUGACGACUGCGCCCCAACUAGCGAAUCGUAUCCAGUAAUUGGGGCAACUGACAGCUGACAAAAAUUACACGGGGCAAACGCUGAUUGUUUUCUUUCGAUAAAAAACAAACAAAUAUUUUGCGGUUCGCGAAAGUUGGCUGUUUCAUCCCAGACUAAAGUUGAUUUUGUGAUAAAGUAUGUCAUUAGUGUGCUUUUCACGAUUAAUUACUUUUUUCAAUAGUUCCUUCACACAACACAGGAAACGGAUACGCCGCCAGAAAAAAGCCAAUAAAGCGCAAGCAUAUUACGUUACCACUAGCUAAAAAAUCAAUUGAGAAUGUGAUUGAAUACAUCAGAGGUGAUUCCAAAAAGUUAGCAACUAACACACAACGACACAAACUAUUUAAUUGAUGCUGAAUGGAAGAAGCGCAACAUGUAACACAUAUAUUUCAUUAAAAACAUUCCGGAAUAUGAAAAAAUAAGUUCAAUUGGAUCUCAAAGUAUGUUUUUAAUAGAUCUCCACAGAAAUCAACCAAUGAGCUUCUUGAAAUCGAUGACGUUCAAACGUCAAUCACUUUUUGACUUUCCAUUUUGACAUAAGAGUGUCUUUUAGUUGGGGCAUGUCCCAACCUCAGGUCCCAACUAGCGGACACCCAACUAACGAACACCCCAACUAGUGAACCCCCAAUUAACGAAAUUGCGCUGUACACAUUUUCAAAAAAUAUGUUUAUAUUCAGAAAGAUUAUGUAAAGUUUCUGUAUUUUUGGCAAUCAAGUGUUAAAUACCCUGUACCUCAUGCCCACUUAGAAAUAUUUUUCGAGAUCAACGAUUUUCAGGUUUUAAUCGUUAUUUUCUAAUACCAUUACCAUGCUGUCGAAAAAAAACCAAAUUAUUUUGCUCGUAUAUCUGAUAUUUUCCAUGCUUCAUUAUUUCAGUAUCUUUCAGAAGCAUUUGAAAUCUUUUAGAAAUAUGUAUUACCGUUUUUACAUUUUUAUUUAAUUUAGCAGUUUGUGAGAAAUGCAAGGUGUCCAUUUUACCCACAAUGUCAGUAUUAGUCGACUUUCCCCUACCAAUCAGCCUUAUUCUACAUUACAACAGCCUGAUGAUUACUGGUACGAAUGCGGUUCGAUCGAAUCCGACUCCCAUUUAAUUUUGCUGUCGCUAUUGAGAUUGUUGUGAUUGGAAAAAAAAGCGAUCUACGUAUUCCAGGGACAACAUUAUUAUAAAACUAAAGUGAACACAUGUUUUUUGAAGGGUUUUAAUUUAUGGUCCACCAUUUUAGAAUUACACAGUUUUUAGAAAUAUUUUAUCGGGAAAAACUAACAUGUUUUAAUAAUUAGUGACGGUCAAAACUCGUAUAUCAUUAUUCGCGCAAUCAAUUAACUCAAAUUUAUCUGCAGGGACUCAAAUUCGACACCGCUAUGUGAAAUGCUUAUAUGCAUUUUACAAGUUACGAAACAAUCGAUUGCUUUCUACCCAGGUGAGCUGCAUACAAGACAAUCGAUUUACCAACUACGCUAUGCCCGCCCCCCUAAAUUUCAAAUUAAAGCCUGUUGAGUGCUCCUGAGCUGUCUUAGGUUUUUUCAGCAUUUUUGAUUUUUCUAAAGAUCCAAAUGCAGAAGUUUGGUGAUUUAUUUUGUACAAUUUUUGGAUGAUAAGAGCGGCAGAGCUGUUAAAACUAAGUAAAAGUGCAAUGUUUGGUGUUGUUUAUUAGUUUUUCUUCAAAACUGGGUAUCUACAAUGUUUUAAAAACAUAAAAAAAUUCAGAUGGUUGAGCCAAAAUUAGGGGCGUAAUGUUAUUGAAGAUAGUGUAUACAGUUGUGAUUCGCUGGUUGGGCCACAGCCUCUGUCCAAAUAAUAAAAUUGAUUCGCUAGUUGGAUCAACCCGAGGACAAUUUGACAAAUAGUGCUUUUUCAUAUAUGUACCACUGAAUUGAUGGCGGCGCUAGUAUACCUUCUCCAUACGAGUACCACGAACAACGAAACGAAAUAGUUUCAAGACAAAAACGUGUUUCGUUACGUGUGUUAUGAACGCCGUCAAUGCAGCAAGAACAACAUUUAGAAAAAGCGCGUUCCAAAAUGUGGAUAAAGAAAACUAUUAGAGAAUCAAUUUAUCCGUAACUGGAAACCGUCAGCAAAGUGACUUAUGUAAUCUUAUUAUAAAUUUAGCUGGAAGUUAUUGCCUUUAGCAACCGUCUUUCUUCCUUCCUAAAAAUGUUUUUGUUUACUUGUUGUUUGAAGUGUGUAAUCGGUAAAUCAUUGGUGCUUUUUUCUCGAGAAAUAUAAAUGAAACACAUUUUGACCAAUGAAAGUAAAUCACCAAGCUUAACAAUUCGUGAACCUAUGACAUCUUGUGAACCAGUGGCAUCUUGUUUCAAAUAAUUAAGAACGUCAUGAAUUCUAGUAUUUUGUCGGGAAUAAAAACAAGAUAUGUACAAUUUUCUACACGUUUAGCAAAAUUGGUUUAGAUAGAAUUUGUGUGCUUUUAACAGAAUUCUGGCAGCAAACCGCUAGGUUUAGUAAGAAUGCUGCCAGGAAUGUACAAUUUUGUUCGACUCCUUCCAGAGUUUUGUUCGACUUUUGCAAUAAUUCUUUCCGGAGGAUAUUCCGAUGGUUUUCGUGCGGAUUUCUUCAGAAUUUUACUAGGCUCCAGUCUGACAGAAAGAUUUCAUGUCUCGGGAGAUGUUGGUUCGAUCACAAAGAUUUUCGGAAAUUCCAAUAUAAGUGAAAGUGGCUCGAUUUUGAAUGUCAUCUUCUUGUAUUUCCGAAAAUCGAUUUAUUUUAUUUUGGAUUUUUUAGAUUCAAAAUGGAAUCUAUGUUUCUGUUUAGGUAUGGUGAAACGAGGCCAGUUUUAAUUCGAUCUUUGAAAUAAAUUUGGUGAUACAAAUGUUUAAAUUGUUUAGGGGGACCCGGGCCUAUUAAGACAGUGGGGGUAAUUCGGGCCCCCUCGAUUUGUCAGAAAAUAGCAAGACUUUCUGACUAUCGUACAUAUUCGUGGAACCGCUAUUCUGAAACAUUAAUUUCGAAGGCUGAAUUUGAUUCUUUGUAGAAAGGAGAUACUUGUUUCUUUUUUUUUGCGAUUCUCAAAACAAAAAUCAUUAUAAUGGAUUAAAGCAACAAAUAAAAGUGAAAAAAUAAAAGAUAAGUGCUUUGGAAAGCUUGAGACUCCUAUUUUAUGGAAUGAUUUUUGCUUGGAUGAAAACAGAUAUUUUCGAGACGCUUGCCACUUUUGUGCGAAAUGAGCGUAUGGCGCUAUUCGGACCCCCCAUUUCGGUAAACAACCGUCCAGCGGCUUGCGGUUGCGCACACCAUUGCACACGCCACAGCAAAGAAAAUACAUACGCCGCCAAUCGAUAUCUGUGACAUACCAGACUAAGUUUUUGUAAAGCAAUAUAUUUUUUUGCUUCUUAAGGAGUGCCUCUAAUAAAUAUUUUAUAGGUAAAUAUAAUUCCAUUGCAAAAAAAAAUUAAAGAAAAAUGACGGCCUGAAUUGCCACGUAGGGAGGUCCGAAUUACCCCUACAUUGUAAAAGGAUGGAAAAUGUAGAGGUUUGCAAAUCGUCGCCUAGCGCUGCCAUUGAGUGGUGCAAAUGAACCUUUUAUAUUACCAAAAUAUAGCUGAGGUUUAAACUAACAAUUAGGACCUUUGACCGGAAACUUUUUUCACCUUUUCUAUCCACCUAAAAAGGCCAUUUGCUUAAGUAGGUCCGAAUAGCCCCGGGUUCUCCUAUUUCUUACAAAUAUGGAAAAAAAUGGGAUGCGCCAUUUUCAAAUUUUGCUCUAUUCGAGCCGCCAUAACAUCACCAAAUCACCACAAAAUUAGCUUAAGGCCAGUUUACAGUUCGGAAAACGUGUCACUGAAUUAGGGUCCCUAUAUAUUUUAAAUGGAGCUCGGGAUUUCAAAUCCCGUGAUGGGAAAUAAGUCUACACAAAAAUGACAGUUUUCAUGAAGUGUUAACCCAACCGCAGUAAACAUCACGGGAUUGUAAAACUCUCCACACAGAAAUCCGGCCGGGAACAAUUCAACACAAAUUGUUUCCGACAGGGAAAAUUGUAUUUUUAUUAGGUUAAAAAUUCAGUGCUAGUUUGAUACUGUUGAUGUUUUUUAGAAGCAACAGAACUUUUGUUUUGAUAGUUUGAAGAGAUCUCGGCGGAAAAUUUUCCCUGAUCAAAUUCUGUGACCCAUUUCCUGUAAGCUAGUCUAUGAGUUCAAUAUAUGGGAGCCGUCAAGUUGUCACCGGGUUGAGUUGGACCGACUGACAAAUGACAAAAACUCUCCAAAGAAAACGUUAGUAGCGUAAAAGACUGUAGAAAAUAAAUUUAACAUAAGAUUUUGGCGUUUAGAUGCUUUUUUAUUGAACAAUGGUCCAACUAGCGGAGGUCCAACUAAAAUGCGGUCCAGUUAAAAGGUGUCUAACCAGUGAAUCACGACUGUAGCUACGGCAAAUGGGGUAUGAGCUGCUCAAGAUUUUGUUAAAUAUAACCUUUUGACAUUUUAUGCUAUUGGGCGAAUGCCUUGUUAAAGCCCUCAAUAAACAAAUUACAAUUACAAUUUUAUGCUGUUCAUUAAAAAUAACACUGUAACCAAGUCUGUAAUACAAUAUAAAAAGUUGAAGUGUGCUUAGUCCGCAUUUUAUUUGUCGAAAAACAGAAUGAAAGUGAUGAAAAAUGGCGUUUUCCGUUUGUCUCUAAAAGGUAUAUCAGAAUCGGUUUUUAUGAGCAUUUGAUGAUUACGAAAAUUAAAAAAAAUAUGUUGAGCUAGUGGCAUGAUAUGGCGUACAUUUGAAUGUUAAAUUGAAUGGCGUAAUCAGAUUUUGUAUAUAAGGUUAAUUUCCAGGUUAGGUUCCUUAAAAUGAAGAAAAAUGCAGAAGUUUUAUGUGAAUGUUGAAAAACUGUUCUUUACGGUCUACACAACAUUCCGAAAUAGUCAAUAUUGGAGGCUUUGCAUUUUCGUAAAAGUUUACCAACAGAAUACAGCGCAUCUUCUGAUACAACCAUUUUGGUGAAUAAUCUUCCUAGAAGUAAUUAAGGAGUAUAAACUCUUCAAAACAUAAUUGGCGUCAUUAGCAAAGUAUUCUUAGUUUCAUAAUUGAUUGUGCAAAAAAUCAUCAAAUGCUCACUAAGCCCAAUCCUGACGCACCAAAAACAAACGGAAAACACCAUUUUUCAUAAUUUUUCUUCUAUUUUCCGAAAAACAAUAUGUGGUCUAAGCACACAUGCAACCUGAAGAUAGUAAAAAUUGCAGCAUUCAAAUUUCCAGCCUAUGUGUAUUCUACUUCACUUCGGUUAUGUGUUUGACAUUACCUACCCAUCUUUUUUACCACGUGUUUCAUUUGUUUUGAAAAACAAAAAUGUGCAAAUUUCCCUAACGAAUUACAAUUCCGUAAAGAUAAUGUAUUCAUCUGCAUGUACUAAUAUGCUUACAUACAGUGAUACAUUUUCUAAGAAAUCUGAGAUAAGACAUUUAAGUUACAAACGAUUUUGUCUUGCGCGACAAUGCAAUGUUUUGAUUUUAACGAUGAAUUCAGAAGCAGAAACUACAGCAGCCAUUUUAGCUGCCACCUUGCGACUCUUUUCACGAUGUUCUUAAGUCAGUGUGCAAUCCGACAAAACAUUGCCACAACGCAACGCACACAAAGUUAUUAACUCGGUCACUUUUACAUUUACUUCUUUACUCUUUUUGUAUAAUAUGCUUACUUAAAAAGAACACUUCAAAGUUCAUACAAAGUUCUUAAUGAACUUUCAAGCUGCUUAAGCUUUAAUGGAACUUGAAUGCUGCUCCUUUAUACGAACUUUUGGUUGCUUGGGAAGAGAUUUAAAAAUGUUGGCUGUUUGGAAUUAUUUAUUUUGAAACAUAAAAAAUCGUGAGAACCUUGCUUCAAACUCCUCUCAUAUAUUCUUAUUAACAGCUUAUGAAACAAUAUUCGAAGAUCCCAAUAGAUUUGCGUAUGUUAACAACGAUGUUCUUAACAGAAAUGGGAAGGUUUAUAAUUUUUGAAGCACGACAAAAAAGGACUUUUGUCUUCAGCGCCAUACAUGAUGAUAAUGAACCAGCGACAUUUUGGUAAUAUUGUUCUCUACAAAUCUCUAUAGAGAUAUACAGAUGUAUUUAAUAUAAUUAAUAGCCGGGUACGUGAUUUUUGAAAUUUUCAAGCACAAUUCUUUUGUUUUUUUCUCCAAUAAAAUAUUUUUGGGUUUUGCUGACAGGGUAAAGCAUAAACUAAAUCCCUGUAAAGGUACAACAUAAGUUCACUUCAGUAUUAUAAUUAAAAUGUUCUUCGUAUGAAUGCGAUCCAUUGUAAUGCAGAAUAAGGAUGAAUAUAUUGUGUAAAGGAUAUAUAAUUUGCAUUUGAGGAUCAGCAAAUAAUUGGAGCAAAAACAAUUCUCCAAUUCCUUUAGCAAGAGAAUUGCAAAACAUACGUUUAAUCAAUGUAUUUAAAAACUAGCAACUAUUGCGGUUGACGAAAUUUUCUAAAAAAUCGAAUUUAGUGAAUAAUUGUGUAUAACAGAAUAAUUGAUAAAGGAAUAAAUUACGAAUUAAAAUCAAUGAAUAAAAUUACCAAAUUUAUAUGUGAAAUCAUGAAAAUAGCAAAGAAGCUUGAUAAAAAUCCUUAUAAUGAAAAGAUAAACCGAGGGAAUAGAUGUACGUAAACUAAAUAUACAUUUCUGUGUAAUAAA